AUGAAUUCAGCUGUUUUCGGUGGAGUUUUUCAUUUAACUUAAUCAGGUGUAUACCUUAGCGAGACAAAGUUUAAAGAUAAUAAAGCUAAUAGAGGUGGUUGUAUUGAUAUUGGAUAUCAUUCUUAUAUCUCUAUGAAUAAGGUAUCCUUUUAAAACAACUUAGCUUAUUCAUCUGCUGGAGUUAUAUAUAUUUAAUCUAGAUCUUAUUUCUAGGCAAUAAAUAGUGAUUUUACCAAUAACAAAGCUAAAGAUAGUUCUUAUGGCUUAGCCGAAAUAAAAGAUGUGUCUUUCACUGGAACUCCUGGAGUAAACUAUAGUAUAUCAGUACUUACUGAAGCAAUAGAUAAAAAUAAGAAAUCUAACUAUUAAUAUAUGUAAGCUAGAGGUCUAGAUUAGAUAGAUUUUAAAAUUGAAAUUCAACUCAGGGAAUAAAAAAUGACAGAACCUGGAAAUUGUAUAAUUUGUCCAGAACAAAAGGCUAUCUGUUAAGGAGGCUCAAACAUUGGGCCUAAAAAAGGUUAUUGGAGAAGAAUGAUACCUCCAUAAAAUGACCCAAAAGGAGCAUGUAAAGAUGGUUAUUAAGGAAUUUUAUGCUAGGAUUGCUAAAUUGACUAUUCAAAGGUCGAAAAUCUAUUGUGCUAAAAAUGCCCUAAAACUCAUUUCAAUGUAUUGAGGUUGCUAGCAGUUUUUUUGCUUACUGCAUUAAUUGUUACAUUUUUGAUUAGAUCAACUUUAAAUGGUGCUAAAGACAAAAGAAAUAUAACAAGCAUUUAUUUGAAAAUUUUGAUGAAUCAUUUAUAAGUAAUAGUUUUAACAGCUUAAUUCGAAUUCUAAUGGCCUUAGAGCAAAGCUGAAUAAAUUGGAAGAACAGUAUCAACUAUCAUUAUUAUUUUAUUUUUAGUUCACCCAAGCAUUGUGCAAUAUAUGUUUAGUAACUUCUCAUGUAUGACAAUUGACUCUGAUUAGAGAAUUUAAGACGAUUUGGAAGUCAAAUGUUGGAGUGAUUUUCACAAUUUCAUUAGUUACUUCAUUGCUAUUCCCAGUAUUAUAGUUUGGGGAAUAGGAAUUCCAUUUUUUGCUUUAAUAUUGUUAUUUAGAUUAAGAUCUAAACUUGAUCUCAAUAUAUUAAGACUCAAGAAGUUUAUCAUUCUAAGUGAAGAAAUGAAAUUCUUUUUCUUUUGUGUUAUUUUAAUAUCUAAUCUUGUAUUCUUCGUGCAUUGGAUAAAAAAAAUGUCUAAAGAAGUUUAAUUUAAUUUAAUGACUAAAAUGCCGAAGUUGUAUCUAUUGCUCUUCAUGUUUAAUAAUAAUCAGAGAUUUUAAAUGAAAUUGAACGAAGUGAGAAUUAAAGAUGAAAGCGAUAAUCUUCUUGAUGAAUUUGAUAGUAGUUCCCCUCAGAAGAUAGAAACAAAGAAAAAACUUAGAAAGGAAAGAAAAUUAAAAGUAGCUAAAAUUUUAGAUAAAUAAAAUUCAAUCGAUGAUGAUCUUCUUUCCAAUGAUUAAAUAUUUACAGAUAAAGAGACUACAUUUUCUAGUAAUAAAAGGUUAAGUGAAAGCAAACAAUAGUUUGGAAUAGAUUAGAAUUAAAGUUUAAAGAGUGAUGAUUUGAGUCGUUAAUUAAAUACAAAACAGAAAAAGAAGAAAGAAAGAAUGCUAAAUUAGAUGAGAAAAUCGUUUUUAAUUUAAAGAACUUAAACUUCUAAAUAAAAUAUUAAGCAUGAUUCUGAAAUCAGAAGGAAUAAUUACUUUGAAUAAGUUACUAAGGACUAAUCUGUAUAAUCAAAAAAAAAUCAUAUAAAAUCACUUUUCAGCAAAUAACCAAAAAAUCUUGCUUCAUCAUCAUCAAUACAUGACAGAAUUCAAAAUGAGGAAUUAAAUUUCUAAGUAUUGCAGUAAUUUGAUGGAAAUGAAAGCUAAAUUCAAGAUGAUGAGUAAAAGAUAAUAAUUUUGCAUAAAAGAGGGAAAAAUAGGAAGAAAAAUGAGAAUAGCAGAACUUCCUUAAAAUCUACUCCAAUGAAAUAGUCAAGGUGCGAUGACAGUUAAUAGCUAUUAAAUGACUCCAUGGGAACAUCAACUUAAAGAUUAAGAGAGUUCAAUUAAGUAAUCAAAAGUCCAUUUACUAUGGUAAAUACUUCAUUCUCUAGCAAUUAAAUGAUCAAGAUUGAUGAGGGAUUAGUUAAUCAAGUUCAAAGUUCAUUGACUUAAUAGCUAAGUUUAGAGGCUAUUUCAGAGUUCGACUUAGAUGAUAAAAUUGGAGCUGAAGGUGGAAAAAAUUUAUAAGAUAUAUAGCAACCAUCCUCUAAGUAAAUUCCAGAAGAAUGA